AUGGAUCCCUACUGGGACGACCUCAGCUUUGCUCCGAAGCCCAGGACCCCUGCGCCAGAGGAGGAGUUCAGCCAGUACUUUCUGGAGUACAAGAACUUUGACAAUCUUUUCAACGAUGCAUUGACCACUCUCCAGGACUUGGAUGUGCCGUCUGGUCCACCUCAACCGGCGCAAUUGCACCACCUCAACUCGCCUUUCAAACAUGCUAAGAAGCCCAGCGGCACCGCCAUCUUUGGCUUUGCCGACCACAACAGAGAACUCUCCAUCAACGGCAUCAACGACAUUCUAAGACACCAGAGGGCACCGCUGGAGGCUGCUCUGCUGAUUCUGCCGGUGCAAUUGGCCCGUAAAAAGGCUCCACCGAUGUCCAACGACCAUCUUGAUUUCAACUUUUCCCAGGGUUUGGAAGUCUGCAAGCCCAUGCACAUCAACGAGAACGAUGAGUACGAAGAGCCCAAGAAAGAGGACGACUUGAUCGUUACGGGCGCCACGCCAAAGCAAUACAAGUUUCCGCCCGACCCAGAAGACGAGGAAUUUGCCAUUGACUACCUCAAGAAAAUGCCCUCGGUGAGCCAGCCCAUCCACAUUCUGGCCAAGGAAGACGAGCCAUACCCAGAAGAGAUCGAAUCGCUUCUAGAAAGCCCGCUGCGAAAACCCAAGUAUGUUCCAAUCCCGGUUCAGCAGCCUAGGCGUAAGAUCAAGGAGGAAAUCGACCCCAACUUGGACUUGGACCUCAACAUGAACAUGAACAUGAACGUCUACCUUCCGCCUCCAGGCAGCCAGGCCACAAGCAACGAAUACUCUUCUCCGGAACCGGCGUCUCCUCUACCGCAGAACGGCUUGUAUUCGUCUCCCCACAGAGUGAUUCCUCAGGGUCCUCCGCUCCAUUCCUCUCCUUACGAAAAGAACAACUACAACCCCCAAUAUUUCCUGGACGGCACGGAUAAUUACCUGGACCCCAAUGUCGUCAAGUCGCUGCCUUUCCAGCUGCUGCCUUUCCGCAACGAACCUCGCCUGCUCAAGUCAUCUCCUCUCAAGUACAACCGAACGGAAGCUGACGAAACCACCACCGACGUCAACGAAACCAUUGUGCAGCUUACGCCGUUGAAAAAUAACGCCACGCCGUUCACGCCCAGCAAAAACAAAAUCACCCUCGAGUGGAGUCCCAUCAUCUCUCCAAACUCCAAAGCCUCCACCGACGUCCGCAAAGCCAUCCAGGACCUUUCUCCCAAACGAGUGAUAAAAAAGACCUCUUUGCUUCCUCCGGGCGAGCUCGAUAGGUACUGGGAGGGUCCGGACGAAAACAAAAUUUUCACUUGCAAGUACGAGGGUUGCAAUAAGAAAUUCACCAGAAGAUACAAUGUCCGCUCCCACAUCCAGACACAUUUGAGUGAUAGACCUUUUACGUGCUCCUACUGCCCCAAGUCGUUUGUUCGCCAGCACGAUCUCAACAGACAUGUCAAGCUGCAUUUGGUUGCAAAACAUUGUAAGUGCAGCUGUGGCAAGGAGUUCACCAGGGUGGAGGGCUACAAGAGGCAUUUGAAUAAAGGCAUUUGCCAAAAAUUCACAGACACUGAGGUGAGUGGCUCCUCGAGAGGUGUUUCUAAACCUAGCCCUACGAAACAGCGGCGUGGAGAAACUGUCUUGGAUGGACUUACAUCGAACCGGUUGAACGAGGACCUCGGGCUUGCUGAGCAUUAA